CCACCUCCACUUCCUUCUCUAUAUAUCCCUCCUCUCUUAUUCUCUCUCCAGUCUCCUCCACAGGAGAAUCAAGAGAGAGAGAGGGAGGACUGAGGAGAGUAUGAGAUUCCUUUUCGAAUGCGUCAGCUGCUACACCAUGACAUCUUCUCCUUCGGAAGAGGAUCCUCCAUCGCCUACAACGCCGAGAACGGAGGAAACUCGAUCUCUUGUGACUUCGACGCAGGCGGCCAAAACUCAUCGCCGCCGUAAACGUACGUCUACGAGGGGGUCGUCGGCGGAUUGGAAGCCUUCGCUAUUUGCAAUAGCCGAGGACAACGCCGUCUCGACGACCCCACAAAAGCCGGUUAACCGGCAACAUGUGAGUGUGACUUCGGUGGUGUCUUCUAGGAAUGUUAAGCACUGUGGUCCUUCAUCUGUCCAGGUCAAUGCCCGUUCUCGUGCGCAUGAUUAUGGCCGAGAAUCUCUUGCAAUGGCUUUCCCAGCUUUCUCUGCAGCUCCAUUCAUGUUUUAAUGAUAGUAGUAGCCUGUAGGCUGUAGCUCUAUCUUAUGUAGGCUAUUUACCUUGCGAAGUCUGUAAGUAAAUGAAUUUAAUGGAUGAAAUGUUAAUAUGCGUUGCCCUACCA